CAGAAUGAUUAAAGUUAAUUUCACAAUUUUUUUCUUUUACAUUGCUUUAUUUAACAGUGUGAUAGAAAAUGCUGAAGGUACUUGUAAUGUAGAUGGAACAUAUUAUCAGGAUGGGGAAAUCAUUUUCAAGUCUGAUUUAUAUACAGAUGGAUGUUUAACUAGGGAAUGUCAUGCCGGAGUGAUAGAGGAGAGUUUUCAAGAAUGCCCACCAGAAGAAGAUUUUGACUUUUGUAUACCUAUUUUUAAGGAUGGAGAAUGUUGUCCUGAAUAUGAUUGUUCUUGUACUUACAAUGGAAAAUUUUAUAAAGAUCAGGAAAUACGUUUCAAUCAUGAUCCGAGCAAAAGAAUCCUCUUGAAUGUAUAAGCGGACAUGUUGCGGAAGGUUUUGAAUAUUGCAAACCAACUGAUUUUGACUUUUGUGCGCCUGUUUUUAUGGAUGGGAAAUGUUGUCCUGAAUAUGAUUGUUCUGAGUUGGAUUUUUGUACUUACGAGCGAUGGUAAAAUUUAUCAAGAUGGACAAACCAUUUACAAUUUUGGGGAGGGCUCAGAUCCAUGUUUUAGCCUUUAUUGUUCUCAAGGAAACAUUGAAGAAGCUCACAUUGAUUGCGCACAUAAUAUAGAUGGCCCCCCUCCCGGAUACGAAUUUUGUACACCUGUUUAUGAACAAGGAAGAUGUUGUCCUGUAUCUUACGAUUGUUCAAAAGCACCAUGUUCAUACGGAGGUAAAAUGUAUCAACAUGGGGAAGCCGUUUUCGCUGUUGAGGGCUCAGACCCAUGUCUUGACCUUUAUUGUUCUCAAGGAAAAGUUGAAGGAACUCACACUGAUUGCGAAGCAUAUUUAAGAGACGAUAUCGCUGAUUGUAGGCUUAUCUAUACAGAUGGAGUAUGUUGUCCUGAAAUUGAUUGUUCAAAAAAACCUUUGAAAUGUACAGUUAAGUCAUCAUCAUCAUCAGGUCUUGAAUUAGUAUAUUACAACUGUUGA